CCCAGUCGGCCACUACCAUUUUCGUCGUCGUGUCGUACUCGUAGUAGUAAACUGUGCACUCGUUUGUCGGUCGGUCGGUUGUUUUCGUUCCACUCACUCAUUCAGUUCUGCGAUUCGCGACGCGACGGAACGCAGUUCGUUUUCGUAGUAAAAGGACGGUCGAUCGCAGUGUGUAGUAAAACUCGGUACCCACCUUUGGAGCUGCUCUGCGGGCUGCUGUGUUGUGUGUGUAGAAAAAAAUUGCACUGUUUCUUGGAUGCUCAGUCCACUCCCAUAGUCUGGCCCUCUGUGUUCCAUGUCGGACUGCUGAUAUUAAUUUUCGCGUUUUUGUAAUCGAACGGAAGGAAAAAUAUGGAAGUGCUCUAGCGAUAUCAUUUGCCAACGGGGAUAAUUUGGUUCUACGUGUCCGGUAAUCCAAAAAUCGUGAAAUCUUAUCGUGAAAAUCCUGGAAGAAAGCAGUCGAAAAAGUGAUCCUAUUCUAGCCAUUCCAAUGCCAAUCAAUUUUGUGAGUGAUAAUCUGAGAAAUAGAGAGAAAUGUUAUAAAAAGUAAGGGCUGUUUUGUGAAUAAAUCAGAAAAUAAUCUUUGAAAAAGCUUUAUCCUGCCAAGUGCGAUAAGUGUUUCUGAAACAGAAGAAAAAGGGCACUUGCCAGCCAUCGGAGGCGCAGUGGUCUACGCCCCAUUUUCGCACAUCCUUGCUUACGGAGAAAAAUAUUGCCCUUCGCAGCACCAUUGGCAGAGCAAGAAAUUCCUCGGAUCCCAGAAAGUGUCAUGAACUCCCGAAUAAAGGAGGAUGUCAGCCGCCUGUUUGAGUACUGGUGCGAGAUUGCUCCGGGAACUGCAGCAACCACACCGAAAUCGUCCUCCCCAACCUCGGGAGGCCUAUCACCUGCUAAUGGGGACAGCAGUGGCAAAAACCCAGGCUAUACCGUGCAGAGCUUUCCGGAGUCGUUCAAGGAUGCCAAGGUGAUUGCCGAUAUACCGGCGUUUGCGUUUCCCUGCUCUCUAGAAAGCUGUCGGACAAUCCAGGUGCACUCGUUCGUUCUAACCAACAUCGACUCCAAGUGGCGGUUCGGAUUCUGCAGGCAUGAUCCGAAGUCGCCGACGGCGAUGGUCAUCGUCACAUACCUGCCCUGGCACGACACUUUCAUCCGCUUCCUGAAUGUGUUGGCCGACGUGCGGAAAAACUCCCAGAAUGAAUUCGAGUCAUUUCUAACGGAAGCGUACAACAAAGGCGUCCCGGAACCGGGAGGAUGUCUGAAGCUGCAGUACGACCGCCCCGUGCAGACCUUCGUCUUCCAGAGGCCCCAGCAGUUCCUCCUACCCAGCAUACCAGAGAAUCACAACCUCAACCUGUACUACAACUUUGUGGACCCGAAGGCCAUGAUCGGUGUGUUCGCCGCAAUGCUGGCAGAGCGGCGAAUCAUCUUCAUGUCGCGCCGCUUGGACGUCCUCUCGUCCUGCAUCCAGGCGGCGAAUGCAUUCCUCUACCCGAUGGUGUGGCAGCACAUCUUCAUACCGGUUCUGCCGAUGAAGAUGAAGGACAUCCUCGGGGCCCCGAUGCCGUUCCUGAUAGGCAUCCCCGAGGCGGUGUACAAGUCACUGCGCAAGGAGGAGAUCGGUGACGUCGUCAUACUGAACUGUGAUAAGCGAACGCCGGACGCCCUGGAGACGCCGUUCGACGACGUGAAAAACAUGCCACCGGAACUGGUCGCCUCGCUCAAGAAACACCUGGCCAACUCGACCGAACAUCGGGGCGAUCGGGUGUCGAAGAUAUUUUUAGGUAUUUUAGUGCAAUUAAUUGGCGGCUACCGGGACGCGGUAAAGUUCAACGACAAGAUCACAUUCGAUCCGGAAACAUUUAUCGACACCCGGCCGUCGCAUCUGAGGCCAUUCCUAGCAAACAUGUUGCAGUUGCAGAUAUUUCAGCAGUUCAUCGAAGAGCGACUGGAUAUGCUGAACACCGGGCAGGGCUUCUCGGACGAGUUCGAAGUGGAGUGUUUCCGCUAUGCGGAAAAAUCCGGACGCAAAGUGAAACAAUACAAGGACCUGUUGAAAAAUUUCAAAGACAAGACCAACCCGGCUGUCCGGUCCGCUGUCAAAUCGGUCAAAGAGGGCGGCAAAGGAGUCAAAACAGCGUACAAGGGCCUCCGGUCCAAGUUUCGCGAAACGACGCCACCCAAAUCCAAGCUGGACAGCAGCAUCCAUUCGCACAUGUCCCAGUACGAUGUGGGCCAUCAGUCGGCUCCGAACUCACCAGUGUUUAACAAACGGCCCCAGACGAUCGCACUGCCGGACGACUCGUCGUACCAUCACACCAACCAGAUGCUCACCCCUUCCAGUACGUCGCUGUACAACUCGCCGCACAUCGCCAUGAGCAAUAGCAGCCAUAACAAUUACAACACUAUCACCGGGUGCAGCGGCAGCAGUGUCAUGAACAACAACUUCCGGGCAGGGAUCAGCAACAACAAUCACCAACUGCUGCAUGGCAGCAGCUACAACACCAGCAGUAGCAGCGACGUGCGGAGCCCGUCGCUCAGUCUCAGCCCGACCAGCUCGAACUCGUCGUCGGAGAUGAAUCUGAUGCAGGAACUGCAGCACCUGGCGCUGUUCAAGUCCCCGGCGGUCAACCGGAAUCUCAAACCGACGUUAAGUCUGGACUCACCGAAUCGGCCUGCAUCGCGAACCGGAGCGCCAGUGAGUCCCCCCGGAGCGGGCUCUGCAUUGCCCCGGAUACAAGAAGGUUCCAUACAGCCGCUCCUAGACCUUACCAAUGGCAUAUCCGGGGAGAAUGGCCAACAAAUGUUCCACAACGCAGAAAACAACAACAACGAUAACAACUUCGAUCUUUCGCCGGACAUGCCAUGUCCGCCGGUGCCUCCGAGGCGCUUCCAAACGGCUGCCGAAGCCCUGGCCGCCAUCCAGAUUUCACCCCCGCCAAUGUCUCCCCCUUCGUCUUCCUCGUCGACUUCGGCUUCGCCCUAUAGAAACUAUAACAACUUCCUACACCACGCUGCCAUGAUGCAAUCGAAGCCAAAUAAAUUCUCGCAUCCGAACACGACCGGAUCGCCGUCAUCGGUCGUCAGUCAAUCGCCCCCACUCCCGUCACCGCCACCUCCGCCGCCGCUGAAAGCGAGUCGGAACGAUCCGCUGGUGACGCAGUUUGACGACGACGAACUGAUUACCUUAACGCCAAAUAGUUCCACCAACCACGCUAGUAGCCAAAUUGUACUCGAAUCUAGUACUACUGUGAAUCGACCAACCGACAUUGCCGGUAGCCGUCACUUGCAAUCCAACGGUACCACCGCGAUACCGAAUCACGCAAUCGUACAACAACCGCAUCUUCCCUCUUCCCAUCAUCAUCUUAACAGCCAUCAUAAACCACCGGCCCCGCAGCCACCGCAGAGACCUCCGCUGGCACCGAAGCCCACCUUCCGCAAAGAGUCUAACGUCGAUGUGGCUGACGCUAACGCCCCCUCAUCAUCCGCACAUCCUGCAUCAUCUCGAACGGUGCAUUCCCCCGAAGGGAAGUCCAACGGCGCCAAUAGCUCCGGUGACCUAAUCAAUCUGGACACUACCAACUCCAGUUUCGAGCUGGAAGACUUUGAUCCGCUAAACGAAAAGGCUAAACCCAUCCCCGCCGGUACGAAACCGGCUCGCAACAUUAGUGCACUAACCCCGGGCGCCACAUCACCACAGCCGAUCCCAACGGCCACGUACGGUUUCAAUAAUCCCGUUUACCCUUAUUUCACACCACCGUUCCUUCAUGGCACUAAAUCGACGACCGCCGCGUCGCCACUCUCUACGUCCUUCAAUGCCACGACACAACUGAAAAACAACUUCAACAACCAUCACCACCACGCACACCAUCAACACUCGCUCUCGCAAGGAACCUUCCCCACCCCCGGGCCAGGAGCAGGAACGCGGGGUUUUAGUCCUGGUAGCAGUUCCGCUAAGAUCCCCAAUCACAGCGCACAGGACGAUUUCGAGCUGUUACGAAACUACGGUUUAGAUAAGUUCUCGCUCCUAGAUAGCGCCAACAGUUCCGACAUCGUUGGGAAACAACAGCAACUACAACAACAUCACAUGGCAAGUCUUCGAAGCAACGGGACCCAGCUACUACCGGUCAACGGUCAGAGGGACAGCAGUAGCAGUUUGAAACAAUUCGGCACUGCAAAUGGGCGGCCAAGCAACGCCAGCAGCAACAGCACCACGAGCACGUCCUCGAUAGGGGGCAGCAGCAAGGCGGCGCCCGGCAAUUGGACCACCUUCGACUGAGGUAAAACCGUCGGUUGGCCCGUUGUAAGUAGGUGGGAUGUAUUGUAUAUAUGCCAAUAGACAAUAGGUAUGCGCAUUUUAGGUUUCAUCUCUCGAUCCUUGGUUUGAGUUUUUGAGACGAACUAAAUAUAUCCAAGAUACAGACGAAUAGUAUUUCCCAUUGCGUUUAGUCCGGUUUUCUUUGUGUUAACAGUGUUAUUUUAUGUUAUUAGGAUAUUAUAUUGUUUUUACAAAGUGUGAUCUAUGUCCACUAUUGCGGGGCAGUGUGCAGAACAAGCGAUAGUAAUAUACAAAGAUAAAACUGUUAUAUAAUUUAUAUAGAACCAUUAUCUAGUGGUAGUAUUUAUCCUAUUGGAGGGAAGAAUAAAGCAAAAGAAAUUGGCAAGCAAUCGCACAGGCAUUA